AUGGCUCCGUAUCUUGAGACCUCCUUCGCGGAUGUCCUCAUCACAGACGCUGGCGUCGACACCCUCGCCUUCCUUGAGGCCUCCCAGGGCGUCGUCGGUCUCUUUGAUCUCCUUGGCUCCGCCGCGUUCGCCGCGGUCCAGGCCGACCUGAAGGGCAACAUCACGAAAUUGCGCGCGCGCUACGACGCGGCGCCGGACAAGUCGGCGACACUUGAGCUCCUCGUCGAAAACGAGAAGGGCGAGAAGAAGCGCACGGCGACUGAGGGCCUCAUGUGGCUUCUCCGCGGCCUCUCCUUCACCUGCAAGGCCCUCCAGUCCGCGCAGGCAGACGCCACCGAGGAGCUCUCCGUCGCCUUUUCCAAGGCGUACGAGGCCACGCUCAAGAAGUUCCACAACUUCAUCGUCAAGGGCGUCUUCACGGUCGCGAUGAAGGCGUGCCCCUACCGCGCCGACUUCUACUCCAAGCUCGCCGCUGACCCGGCCGGCGGCGACGCCGUCCCGGCCGACAAGCUCAACGAGGAGCUCAACAAGUGGCUCGCCGCGCUGGCCAACAUUGUCGCCCGCAUGGAAGAUUUUUACGAGAAGGGCGGUCACAACAAGGGCUUCUGA